AUGCACAAUGGUCUUGACUUUAAAUUUGCUUUUGUUUUGUUCCCCCCCCCCUUCCAUGUAGCAUGGUGUGUGAACCUAGCAGCCAACAAAGCGGAAGUAACUCUGGACCCAGACACGUCAAACGCCUUCCUCGUCCUGUCCAACGACCAGAUCAGCGUGAGAUGCGGAGAAGAGGAGCAGGACGUGCCCAGCAACCCAGGGCGAUUUAGCCUAGAGCCUUGUGUGCUGGGAAAUAAUGUAUUUACAUCAGGGCACGCUUGGUGGGAGGUGCAUGUGAUUCAAGGAGGAGAAAUGUGGGCCCUGGGGGUCGCCAAAGACACGGUCAGGAGGAAGGGGAACUUCAUCCCUAGUCCUGACCAGGGGAUCUGGGCCAUAGGGAAGCCAUCAAGUGACUCAUCGCCCCCUUAUCAGCUCUGGGCUUUCACCUCUCCUAAGCCAACCCCUGUGAGCCUGAAGCGCAACCCAAGAAAGAUUCGGGUCUGCUUGGAUUACGAAGAGGAGCGUGUGGAAUUUUUUGACGCCAAUACCAACCACUUGAUUUUCGCUUUCCCUUCAGCCUCCUUCUCUGGGCAGAACCUCCGUCCCUUUUUCUGGGUGGAGCCGGGGGCCUGCCUGAGGUGCUGAGCCGUCGGAGGAGCACCGCCGAUGCCACUGUGAAAGGGCAUCUUAACGAUUUUCAAGCCGGACUUUCUUUUUCCUCGUUGCAGAUACCAUACCCAUCUGUGAGCUAAGACAGGUGGAUGGAAGCUCAGUCAAUGUAACAGAAAUAGUGGGGGUUUUUUAUGGCUGAUACAAUGUUUGACAUCCACAUCAAGCAUGACGCAGGCAAAGACAACACAGCUUUGUGUCGGAAGCAGAGUUUGCAGCCACAGCUGAUCAGCUCGGUGCUUUGCUCAGGUGCUUUGAUUUCAGACCACCUGAACAAAGGAAAACACAUCACCCAAUGUAAUUGUGACGCAGGGUGGCCCCCACCCACCUGUCAGAGUUGGCCUGCAGGGGUGGAGCAGGUAAGGAUCCUGCCCACUAGCACUUAAAAACAUUGCAACAACUGUGCAACCUGAUUUACAUCCUAUGCCCUUUCUAAAUGUGUUUUUUUGUGGGGGGGCUAUUGGGUUGUUGUUUUUACUUUUAUUAUGUAUUUUGUGGUUUUAUUUCUUGAUUUUACUCUGUGAAC